AUGGGUGCGACGGGAAUUCUUUUGGAGCCACCGGUAGAUAUGGACUUCGUUUCAAUUUUCCCUAUCGUUCUUUCUCGUCUUAUUGGUGAUGAACUUCGACCUUUCGCCUUGAUUCUGAACGCGCUGUCCAUCCUUGAAUCUCCACUACAGGAGGAGAAGUUUGCUAUUCUCAACCUGUAUCUCCCACCAAAUAUAUCCACCCAUCUCAAUAUCGGAUCUAGCCCAUCGAACCUCCCUGGGAAAGAAGCUGAAAGCGAGCAGAGACCAUAUUCAAGUGACACAGUCUCCUCUCUAAACACGGAUACAAUCGGUAUGCAAUGGCUUCAACCUACAACGAUGGCCGGUGAUGUAUUGCAAAUGGACGGUAGCUACCCUAUGGCAGGCUCCACAUCUACGCCAAUAUCCGUAGAGUGUGAUCCUUAUCAGUCCUACGGAGACAACAUACCAAUAACAGUAUCCACCGCUCUCAAUAACAUCAUGGUCUCCGAUUCCACCACCCACCCUGCAACAUUACCGUUGAUGGACCUCUCAGCGUGGACUCAGGACGACCCGAUUUGCGACCAGUUCAUGCCUGACCAGCAGAUGGAAGAUCACGCCACGUGUGACCAAGUUUCCGACGUUGCCACUGCGACUGCGGCGUACCCAACCCCUAGCGAUUCGUAUACUCCCGGCCCUGCCAACUAUACAAUGGAAAUUAGUACUGGUGGGUCACUGGAGGAACUUUCCCCACGAGCGAUGGCAGAUCUCCCGGAAUCAACGCCCAUCAGCUUUCUAGAAGCAGAUCCAUCAAGCAUCUCGCACAACGAGGAUCCAAUGGUAGUGAGUGAUCUUGGUGCGUUGAAUGAAACUCAGGACACACGCUUGGAUCUUCUUCAGUCUCUGGUGAGCCACGCUGGAUUAUCCAAGAACGUUCAGACCUUGCGGGAGAUCUAUCAAUUAGGGGAUAGCAUCAUUCAUCACACCGCUGCUGUCUUGGAUGAUUGGAAUGGCUGGUUGCUCCAAAAUUUCCCAUCUGACGGACUUUUGCUUCCACCCUGCCACAGCCUUUCGCUAAAGGCAAUCUGUGCCUCUAUGUCUCAAUUUUUGAUGAAGACUAAUAAUGACAUGCAACGGAAAUCCAUCCAUCGCCGACUCGCACGAAUACUUCUUCACGUUUGCCAUGAUGAAUACGAUAAAGAGCUAGACAAUGCAUCCUUCAAUCCUCAGAGUCGGAAAUCCGUCACCGUCGCCCAUGACUCCAUCGUCGCCCAGCUUCGUGGCUUUCAGGUCAAUGGCAAGGAGUGCACCCGGAAGUACCUCAGUGACAAUCGAAAUCUCGGCAAACGAUGGUGGAGACUUGGAAGUGGGAUCGGAAUCAUCCAUGUCUUGGCCUGUGCGCCGCGCAUGGCCAAAUCUUUUGAUAACCGUGGCUGUAAGAACCGUGGCUUCGAUGAUGCUUCCCUGGAACUCUUGGUCAACUACCUGAGAAACGCAUAUCCAGACGCCAUCGCGUAUUUCCAGUCGCUCGAUGUCGCCCUUCAAGCCCUUGUUGCCAAUUCCUCAUUGGCCACAGAUGAUUCUGUUGCAAUCAAUGAGCCUCCAGACCACUCACACUUGCAUUUCAAUGGCCCUCCUGAGAGCAUCCAGUGGGUGAAGACCGACGAUGGCUUCCCAUCUCAUAAUUUUUACAUCCACCCCAAGCGCGAUAUUCUCUGGCUUAGUGAAAAUCGGGUCCACGAUCAUCUGCCGACGCUACGACAUUCCUACGGCGACUUAAUAACAACGUGUACCAACAUCCUUGUUGACCGUUUUAGUUGGGAUGACGAAAAGCUGCGAGAUGAUACACUGCGGUCAUUGAAGCUGCUGAGUGCUAUAGAAUGUAUUUUGAUCCUAGAUGAUACUGUUCGCUUGGUUGAAGAGGAUGAUGGCACUUAUCUGGUCCCGGAUAGGGACAAGAUAAUCGCGCGAGCGAACCGCUAUCGAACCGAAUAUGAACACUUUGUCAAGUCUUUGGAAAAGCAGAACGAGGUGGAAGGAAAGGAUAUACGAUGUGGUAAUCCCCGUCGCGUUCUGCGGAUGACUGCCAAGCUCGAAGACUUACGACUUGAGAUUGACAGUAAGAUCAAAUCAAUGGAGCUCAAUAAAAACUUUCUAGAGAAUACACUGAGCCAACAACUCCAGAAGAUACAACAACAACGAGACGAUCUUGAUUUGCAGGAAAAAGAAUUGAGGGAGAGGAUCGUCCGUGAUGACUGCGAGAACAAGAAAUUCAUUGGAGAUUUGCUGGAAGACUGUGUCAACAAACUCUUUGACGUUGAACCUAUGACUGCAGGUGAUGGGGACCAAAUGUCGGAUGCCGAGGAGUAUCAUCUUGCAGCAGCCUAG